AUGACCGAGGAACUUCAGAAGACAAUAGAUGAACAGCGAAGUCAACUUGAGAAUUACGAAAAGAAAUUGAAAGGUAAAUCGAAAUAUGAUUUGAGCCUAUACCUAUUUUGCUUUGAAAAUGUUUUGUAUUGUUUCUAAAAUAGCUGUUUAGAUGUUGUGAUCGCUUAUAAAUCUCUACAAACCGAGAAAGACGCUUUACAUGCUGCUUUGGUUGCUCUCGGAGAAAAGUCAGAAAACAAUUCUGAAGUUGAAGAAAGUCCUCAAAAUGAGCCAGUUAAUGAAGUCGACAGUCUUAAGCAGGCUAUCACAACAUUGACGAAAGAGAGCAAGAAGAAGGAAUUGGUGUUCCAAGCUGACAAAAAGCUGUUGUUGUCUAAAAAUGAAAAGCUACAGACGAUGGUCGAUAGUUUACAAGUCAAUAAUAGUAAACCUAAAGAUAUGGUAAGUCGUAUGAUAAUCUUUCGAGUUAUUUUACGAGUUUUGUCGGAAGUAAAUAUUCAAAAGGAAUAUUUUUAGCAGAAGUACAUGGAAAAGAUACGACGGCUAGAGGAAGACAAGGAAAAAUUAUUGGCGGAUCAUGGAGCCAUGUUAAACAAUAUGCAAAAGAGAUACGCUGAAGAAGUGACAAAAGUGAAAAAGUGCGAACAGACGGUAAGAUCUUCUAACUUUAUUUUACUUUAACUUAGAUAUCAAAUUUAUACAAACAAAUUCACGAGAAAGAUCAACAACUUCAAGCUAACUCGACUAUUGUAACACAGUUUGAAAAAGUACAAGACGAGAUGUUAAGGUGGAAGAAGCAGGCUGAAAGCACACCAAGAGAAAGCAUUUUAAUCCAUCAGUUAGAAGAAUUAAAGGUAGGUAUACGUUUAUAAUAGUUGUAGCAUUUUAUCUGCUUUACGAUAAAUUAUUCUCUAUGACACUUUAUGUACAUUUUUUACAUCGUAAACUUAUAGAAAACACACAAGGAAGAGCUAGAAUUGGAGAGAAACAGAAGGUCAGCAUCUAAAACUGUAGAUGAAAACAAAGAAGGUAGGAUAACAGAACUAGAACAACGGGUAGAAGACCUAACUAACAAAACAGUCACGUUGGAGCAUGACAAGUUCACGUUGAAAGAGCAGUUGGAAUAUCUUGAGAAAAGUAAUACAGUUACAGUAAGCUCUGAAGUACUACCUCAAAAGAACCUAAAACUUGCAUUUAUAAAGAUGUUCGAGAAAUUAAAGGCUACAGAUGGGUUUGAUGUUUACAGUAAGUUUUAUAAAGUUUGUUAUUUGCAUAGUAAAUAUCAUGUUUAGUUGUUUUAAAUAGUGUUACAAUGUAAUUAUUUCAGAUGUCCUUUCUAUUGAAAGACCUUCUGUGCUGCCAUCUGUCUCUGAAGUUCACGGAAACCAUAUAGAAUCAACAGCAAGUUGUGACAAGUGUCACGAGUCUAACAAGGAGCUACAGUACUUCAAAAGUGUGAUCACUCAUCUUCAGACACAGGUCAAGAUGCUGGAGGAAAGUCAAGAACAGUCGAGGAAAUCACAUGAAGAUGUAGGUUUAACAUUAUGUAAAUGCUAGUCUUGGAGAUAUUAUUACGAUUAUUUGAUAAAUUUGACGUAUUAUGUUUGUGGCGUGUUUAAAGUUGUAAUUUUAGGUAGCCAAGUCACUUCGAAACAGAAUUAUUGAGUUGGAGCAUAAUCAAGAGAAGACAUAUUCAGAGUUAACUAGCGAGACCAAAAGAAAGGUGACUGAGUUGGAGCAGGAGCUACAGAAGCAGAGGGAACGAAUGGUUAUGGUGAUUGAGGAGAAGAACAGAGAAAUCGAAAUCGUCAAGUAAGUUGAUGAUUACUUGUUGUUAAAGAGAUAUUCCUACUUAAUAAUUGGUUUAUAUACUAAUGAAAUAUAACAGAACACACUGAAAAUAUUUGAUAUAUUGAUACUUUCAGACAUACGAUAGAGCAGAUGAGGAAGACGCAUAUCAGUCAUGAUCCUAUAGAUCCAUCUCCAGAUCUGUUUAACAGUUCUGUGGAUAACAUGAACAGUGUGCUGAACAGUUCGUUUGACGAAGAUGCAUUCUCUUCACACCCGAGGAAAAAGUCUAGUACUCAGUUUGGCGACUUCAGAAAUGUUUACUACGAAGAACAGAUUCAAAAGCUAGAAUCUGAGAUAAACGAGUUGCGGUAGGUAUUAAACUAAUGCAGGCAAUAAUGGUCUUUUAAAGAUGAAACUUCGUAACCGCCCAAACUUUUUAAAGUUAUAACUUUUUUCGACACAGUAAAAAAUAUAGUCCUAAUAGUUUUUUAAGAUUUAAUUUUUUCUGUUAUCAAUUUAUUCAAGUGCGUGGCUAGCAUUUUUUAAUUAUGUGAAAACUUUUAUUUUCAGAAACGUCCUCCGACUUUCCGAGCUUAAAAUUGGGGAUAUGGAGCAAGCAAGUCUGACAAAAGACAUGCAAUAUCUCCAAAUUAUUGAAGCACUGAAGGAAGAAGUAAGAGUAUUGGAAGGUAAGUGAAUACUUCAAAAUUUUCGUUUAAUUAAUUAUUUUGGAAUCUGAUAUUGAAUUUGCAGGAAAACUGAACCUCCAAAAAACAGAUACCAACAUGGAAUACCUUCGCAACAUCUUCGUUCAGUUCAUGAACUCAAACAGUAGUACGGGUAGGAAGUGUGUGCUUCGAGCCAUGGCAUUGGUGCUGAAACUAACCCCAACCGAGAUGAAAAAACUGGAGAAACUAAGUAUUUAG